GAAGCUACUAACCCUCUUGUAGCUUUCCUCUAUACAUCUGACCAGAUUUCAAUUCAAUAGUAACUACAUGUCCUAAUGCUAAUAAAUAAUUAGAAAGGCACUUUAUUAUAAUUAAUAGCUCACACUCGUGUACCAACUUUAUUGGAACAGACGACAUGAUAGUUGAUAUGAAAGAUGUUCUUGGAGAUUGACAAUCAUGUCUAACCCAUUUGAAGAGAGACAGACAGUUUUAUUAGAGAGAAUAAUAAAGAACGUUGAGAGGUGUAAUGAGGCAUUCACGGAGCUGAACAAGUGUGUAGAGGACGUCAACACAGCAAAUAAAGAUACCGUCAUAACUAGCAAACUCUUUGAUAACUACAAUAGAAAUGUAAACUAUAACUUAAAAGCUAUCGGUGAAUUUAAGCAGCCGUUGUAA